AAAGAAAGAAACUCUCCUUCAACCUUAAGCUACCGUAGGGCUUGAAUAAUAUAAACUGACUCGGCUUUCCAAACGAUGGAGAGGAUCUGAAAUAGCCAUGAACUACCGCUUCCAGAAACUUCUUGGCGCGCCUUGCAGAGGCGGGAACGCCGUCAUCACUAAGAACACUGAGCUCAUUUCACCGGUAGGUAAUCGUGUCUCUGUCACCGACCUCAACCAGCACCGUACGGUUACUCUUCUACUCAGUCCCUCUUCCAACAUUUGUCGCCUUGCUGCCUCCCCUGAUGAAUCAGAGGAUGACCACUCUGAGCCACCCUCCCAUGAUACUCCAAAGUGGGCUGAUGAAGAGUAUAUGGAUAGAGGGAGAUGGGUUUUGUUAAGGAAGGAUGGGUUUGAUCAGGCAUCGGCAAAGGUGUCAGCUUGCAACUAUCACCAGGGGAUCGACAUGGUUGUUUUGGGGUUCUCUGAUGGUGUUUUUGGGCUUUAUCAGAUGCCAGAUUUUAUCUGUACACAUCUGCUGUCUAUUUGGAGGGAGAAGCUAACAACAACUGUCUUUAAUGAGCGUGGAACUUGGCUGACCAACUCGGUUCAAUUGUUAGUCUCGCAGUGGCAAUCUAAAAGCCAAAGAGGACACUAUUUUGAUGUCAAUUGUGUCACUUACUCACCCUAUUUCAAGUUCUUGGCACAUGGUGCUGAUGAUAGCAAUGUCAAGAUGUGGGAUGUUAUGGUAGCUAAAUCAAGGGCUGGAAAGUGCACUACAAGGUUGUGCUAUUCUGCUGAUGGAGGUUAUAUUUUAGCCGCAGGAACUAGAAGAUAUAUUUGCAUGUCUGACAUCUUGCAUCAGAUGGUUUCGUUUUUAACAUAUUUGUUAAGGAGUUGCUGCGUCAAAUAUACUAUCAUAUUGCUGCUAUUACCACGGACUAGCAGCGCAGAGGAGCAGUGUCAAGGGGAAUAUACUGUUCCAUAUAUCUGGAUAUUGUUUGCCCUGGUUGUUGGUGCUUUCUUUCCUGUGGUCGUGUGGUUUCUAUGGAGAAGUUUGCAAAAGGAAAAUAUCGAUUUGGAGAACAAGGGGAAUAUACGCAAUCUUCCUAAGAAGAAGAAGAAAAAUAGGAAGAAAAAGGAAAAUAUCGAUUUGGAGACGACUCUGCCAGAUUCAUCCAGUACCCCAAACAAUGAUUCUGAAGAGAUCUCUGAAGAUUGCGUUGAAUAUUUCUCAGAAGACGAUCCCAGUCAAGAGUCUCAUGAACUGGAAACAUUUCAGCAGACUACUGUGAAAGACGUAGGUUGGAAGACGAUGGAUGAGGUGAGUGUUUCAGAUACAAUCAUAGGAGAAAGCGGAGAUGUCAAGAUGGCUUUAGGGCUUUUCGGAAAGCGUCCCAUAAUCGCUAAAUAUGGUCCAAACUCAUACGCAAUGGCAAAUGAGAAGAAAAUUCUCAUUGCAUCUGACUUUCACCCAAACAUAGUCCGCUAUAUUAGCUCUGCGAUUUGGGGAGAUCAGGUUUUACACUGCCUAGAGCUAUGGCAGUUUACAUUUGGUGAUCUCAUAGACAAUGUCUCACGUGGAAAUUCAGUUUCACAAGAUUCUGAAACAAGAGUUGUUGGGAAAAACGACCUGUGGACAGCAACAGGUGUUCCUAAACGACUGUUGAUUAGCCUCAUCAGGGAUAUUGUUUUAGGACUUGAUCAUUUGCAUGGAUUAGAUAUAGUCCACCGAGAUUUGACACCACAAACUGUGAUGAUCAUGUCAAAUGGAAAUACAAUAACUGCAAAAACUGAUGACAUGAGGAUGGCUUGGUUUGAAAAGGAACAACGCUUCAUCCACUUUGGAGAUGAAAAAUUUUCGGGAUUCAAACCACUAGAUGAAACCAACUACGGCACCGAAAGCAAUAAAGUAGACAUGUUCUCCCUGGGAGUUCUCAUGUUCUACAUUAUUACUCAGGGUGAGCAUCCAUUUUCAUGUGGAGGGUCUGCAACUAUUGAACAAAACAUCAGGAACAACCACAAGAAUUUAGAUGCAAUCUCAAACUUUCCUGAAGCCGCUGACUUGAUCCCACAUUUGCUGAACUUAAAUCCCGUUAAACGCCCCAGCGCAAGUGAUGUUCUCAGACAUCCAUUUUUCUGGAAUUCUCAACAGAAGCUCAAGAUGAUAACAGAGGUCAGUGACCAUCUUUAUGGCAAUUUCCGUCUGCAAAACAUUCUGGAGAAUAGAUUUGCAAGGGUCAUGGGAGUAGGAGUUCGAAGUUGGGACACUAAGCUAGAUAGUGACUUCUUCACUGACAUCAAUGCGAAAGUGAAAGUCAAAGCGAACCGGCAAAACUCGACUACUACAACAAUCCCAAAGUACAACUAUUCCACGCUUUGUGAUUUACUCAGACUUAUAAGAAACACUGAGUCUCAUUUCAGAGAAAUUCCACAGAAUGUCCAGCAAGUUUUUCCAAAUGGGAAAGAUACGGUAUUCAACUAUUUUGAUCAUUUAUUCCCAAGCUUGUUUGUGGAGGUUUAUCGUGUUGCUAAAAGGCAAUGCAGCAAAGAGAAAGAAUUUAAAAGAUUAUUACUUGAUUUACCUCCUUUUGAUGAAGUCAAGCUAUUAUGAGCAUUCGAUGAGCCAGAUCGAUGAACAUAUUUUAAGAAACCUGACGAUGAGCCAGAUGAAGAAUUUUCUUGGAUUUAACUAUUUAGUCAAUGUUGGAAUCUUUAGUUGGAAUCCAAAUUUAUUUAACUAUUUUUAGAGACCUGACGGUGAGCCAUAUGAACAAAUUUCUUUUUUAAUUGUGGAUAACAAACAUGCUUCA